AGUGACCAUCUUAUAACUCAGUGGUUCUAUCAUCUUAAAUCAUCCAUCCAUCAGGCGAGCUCCUAAGAACCGAAUACCACCAUUGGUAGCAUAUGUUUUCCAUGGCGUCCUGUCAAGGAGCUUCUCUGCAUCAUUGCACCUUCCGAGUAGCUGCUUCUGAGGCACCUCAAAAGAAAUGUGGCGUCCAGCUAGCCGCCCUCUCCACCUGUCGCACCAGCACCAGCACCAUCACCAGCACCAUCACCAGCAGCAGCUUUUUUACCCCGCGGAGAACGCGCGUAGUUCCUCUGAAUUCCCGCCAAAGACUGCAAAAUAGACCCGUCGUACGCGUGACGGCGAGCGGCGGCGGCGACGCGGUGGGCUUGGGUCACGGCUCAGGCGCCUCGGCGGGAACCGCCGCAGCCGCAGCCGCAGCAGCGGCCGCUGCGGCAGCAGCAGCACCAGGCAGCAGCGCUAGCAGCGGCACAAGCGGCGGCGGCGGGUAUGCGUCGUCAUGGGAGGCGAAGGACUUGGAGGGGAAGGACUAUCUGUACCGGCUGGGGUCGGAGGCCGACAACCUGCGAAUCACCGUCGGGGCGAAGGCUGGGAACAUUGACAGCGUGUUCGUGGGAGACUUCCUGGGGAAAGACGCGGACAUAGUGUUCAAGUACCGGCAGAAGGUGACUCGGUCGUUUGAGCACUUACAAGGGGACUACUACAUCGCCCCCGCAUUCCUGGUACUCCAUUCCAAUGCUGCUGCUUCCUUCCUCACCUUCAUUGCAAAGAACUUUCUUGCCUCACAGCUGGACUGCAGAAUCCCGCUCAUUCUCGGCAUAUGGGGCGGCAAGGGACAGGGAAAAACUUUCCAGGUGGAGCUGAUUUUCAAGGCGCUGGGGCUGGAGCCGAUCAUUCUGUCAGCUGGAGAGAUGGAGAGCGAGUGGGCUGGGGAGCCUGGGAGGCUCAUUCGCAGCCGGUACCGCGAUGCACACCUGGUUAUCAACAACAGGGGCAAGAUGAGCUGCCUCAUGAUCAACGACCUUGAUGCUGGGAUUGGCCGAUUCGCCCACACCCAGACCACGGUGAACAACCAGAUGGUGGUGGGCACGCUGAUGAACCUGUGUGAUGACCCCACUCGCGUGAGCGUAGGGCAGGACUGGCGCGAGGGCGACCUGCUCAACCGGGUUCCCAUCAUCGUCACGGGCAACGACUUCAGCACGCUCUGGGCACCUCUUAUCCGCGACGGGCGCAUGGAGAAGUUCUACUGGCAGCCCACAAGGGAGGAUAUAGUGAACAUAGUGUACCGAAUGUACAUCAAGGACGGCCUAUCUUUCCAAGACAUUGAGAGUCUCGUGGACACGUUUCCCAACCAACCAUUGGACUUCUACGGCGCCCUUCGUGCGCGCACAUACGAUGAUAAAGUGCUGGAGUGGGUGGAGGCGAACGGCGGCCCAUCCAAGGUGGGGAAGCUCCUGAUCAAGCCCAGGAGAUGGGACGAUGGCAGCGAUGGCAAGGACACCAGGCCCACGGUCGACCCACCUGCACAAACCCUAGAGGAGUUGGUGAAGGCUGGAGAGCGGCUGGUGCAUGAGCAGGAUUUGAUGAACGCAUCUCGACUGUCGGAUGAAUACAUGAAGAAACAGACGGGGCCGGGGAUUGGACUCAGGAUGGGAUGAAGCAGUGGGUGGAUGCCACGUCUGCUGGAGGCAAGGAGCGACGGUGCACUGUGAACUUUUGAGCAGUCAAAUUGGGAAUAGGGAAGUUUGUGCAGUACC